GCUCUUAUCAGAGGCACUAUUGAUUACACGUGGUGGAUAUUUGUGUGUUGAUAUACUAGAUUCGAUGUGGCAACUACGGAUAUCCGGCCUGCGGGGUUGACAUGAGAGAUUUUAGAAUAACCUAAGCGUUACAUAUAAAAAGUACUAUUGGGUUGAGCCUGGUACAUGCGGAUUAUAUUUCAUUACUGGAAUAACUCGAUCCUUUCUUUGGAUAUAUCUUGGAGGGAAUGAGAGUCCAUUGACAAGACAGAGGUCAUGGGCUGUACGUCAGUGAAGCCGGACCCACCGAGCAUUCCAGAUCAGUCUACAGUAAGCAAAUCCGUCGACCCGAGACUGCCAUUCGACAACUACAGGGAGUUAUACCGACUAAGAAAUUCAUGGAAAGCUGUCUCCAGGGCAAUGGAGAACACGGCCAAAUUAAACUUAAUGAGAUUUUUCCGCAACAAUCCGGACUUCCAGAAUAUGUUUGAAAACUUCAACCUCCAGAAUCUGAAUGACGAAGAAUUGAUGUUUUCAGACGUGGUGUUUGAGACACACGCCGUUGCAGUAUUCAACACAUUCGAUGAAGUAUUCGCCAAUGUAGAGAAUGUGGAUGUAGCCAUAAAGGCACUCCAUCAAGCAGGGAUGAUGCACACUAAAAUACAAAAUUUUAAGCCAGAAUACUUUGAGUACAUGGAAGAAUCGUUUAUACAAGCAGUGAAAGACACGUUAGGCGAUCGAUACAACGAUACUACAGAGACUAAUCUUAGAAAAAUGUUUAAAUUUAUCUUGACUCACCUUCAAGAGGGAUAUAACCUUGCCAGCCAAAAUCAGGAGAACCUUAAAAUUAAUAAAGUGAUUGAGGCAGAUAGCUGAAAGAACGUUAUCGAACCAAUUUGGACUUUGCUGGUACACUUCUCGUGUUUAUCCACUAUCCUCGGGCGGUUGUAGUUAGGGUUGUUGCUAUCAAUCACCGAAUUUAGUCAUUUGGAGCCGUGGUGGUGUAGUGGCACGGGUUUCUGACUAGCGGUGCCGGUACAAGACGUCCUGGGGUCGAUCCCCACUCUGGGUAUGAGGCUCUGUGCAGGUCUUUUUGUCUUACAUGCCUAACACCACCGCGGUCAUGAAGGUAUUGAAAUGGGUACCAGUCUUAAAUCCUCAGUUUGCGGUGCUGAUUGAGCAGCUCAUCUGAUCGAGUUCUAUUAAAAGGUCUAAGCUUAUACUGGGGAAUAAAUGUAAAAUGUUUUUGAAUGUUCUACAUUACAAAGCGCUGUAUGAUAACUUGCGUUUUUAAUAAGCUAUAACUUAAGAAACCCUUACAUCGCCAGACCAGGAAUAACCAGGAAUAAGUGUUUUUCUUGAGAAUCGGGGAUAAGAAUAGCAUUCCGCGAAGUUACUAUUUAUAGCUCACAAGGUCAUUUGCAUAAGAUAUUGAUGACGUUUUAGUCACGUGACAGUCGGACAUCGACACUUAUUUCUACGCAUUUGAGCUUAUUUCAAAUUGAAUUAUCUUUGACCCUGCAUUGUUUAUAGCAUAAAUGAUACCAUAGAGUCAGAGAGAGAAAUAUUCAGAACAAUUAUGUAGUAUUUCCAACACUCGGACAUGUGCCAGAUUGAAUCUAAUUGCCGCAGUUAGAAAGCCUGAAUCCAUUACGAAACCGCAUGUUUGUCCGACAUUGCCUGUAAUUCAGCGAUGGGGAAAUAGAGGGCAACAGAUGCAGUGACGCCAUCCUCGCGGAAUGCUAUUGAGUAACAACUUCAGGCAUGUGUUUUCUAAUUACUAUAAUAACGCACGACGGAUGGAGCAAUCAAUGAAGUGCAUUAUCCCCGUAAGCAUGUGUAGCCAUUUUAUUAGAUUAUAUAUGUGUAUGCUAGUGAAUUCAACGAAUCAACAAUAUUGUUACAGAUGAGUAUCAAAAGCGCAUAACAGAAUGCUUUUGAAACUUUUAUACAUAGAGAGUCCAAUUCCUCAUCAUUUUAUUUCCUCAUGGACUGCCCCCAAUGGCGGGAAUUGUGGCGGAUGAAUGAUGAGCCACUUGACGGUUGUUGUAACGAAACUGUAAGCAUUUUUUUACACUCAGAAUGCUUAGCGUAUAUCCCCAUGUAAUAAGUAACUGUGUACUAUCAUGUUAUGUUUUCACGGUAUUCCUAAACGUCUAUUUAGGCUCUUCUAGAUAGUCAGUGGUACAUAUGGCGCAUAUGGUUGGCAGCCCGCAAAGUUCAACUGUGUGUCGACGGAACAGCGGAGGGGGUGGAGGGGGGGGGGGGCGAUGCCUGUCCGCUGCUUCUGGAGUAAUAUCAAACCACAAUGCGGAUAAACGAACUGCCACCUAGCCCUUAUCUUCAAUUGACCUGGACAGCAGUCUAACUUAAACCCGGCGAAAAUGUAUUUUUCAAUGCCCAAAAAACUAAGCCAGCAUUUGACAACCACACUCCACGACCGGAUGUGGCUGAACAGCCGGAAAGUUUCCAGCGGUUUCCCAUGAUUUUUCACGUAAGCAUUUCAUCAUGCGUGAGCACGGCAGUGUGCACUAGCCUGGUACCACUGGCCACCGCCAGACGACGCUGUAUUGACGGGACGGACGGAGGCCAGGUUCCAGCCAAUCUUUGCACGACUCGGAAUUCUGAGUCACGAAAGUCGUUGAUUUCCAACGUCUUUUUAUAUUAUAUUGAAAUCGUGUUUAAUAAACAUGAGUUAGUAGUGCUUGCUUGAAAUACUCAAAUAUUGUGUAUUAAGUGUAAUCAUGUUCACAAAAGUUUUUUUCGUAGAAUACUUUGUGAGAUUACGGGUUGGACGAAUAAUUGUGAACCGACGGCUCAUUAUCAAUAGACGCUUAAAGCUUCAUUUUGUCAACAAUUCAUUUCCGCAUCCGUUUUCUAGCAUCAUUUCGAUAAAAUCUGCCUUUAUUUAACCUAUGGAAAAGUACAAAGAAGUACUGGAUUUCUCAUUGAAAUCCAAACUUGCUUUAGGAAGGGUGAAUGUUCGCCGUAGUACUGAAUAUCAGUUUCGCUUUCGGAUUUGUUGACAGGCUUCCCCGCAAUGACGUCAUUAUCUAUUUAUAGACGGUGGAUGGAACCUGGCCUCCGUCCGUCCCGUCAAUACAGCGUCGUCUGACGGUGGCCAGUGGUACCAGGCUAAGUGUGCACAUGGUUUUGUCGGGUAUGCUAGUAAUCGAACGAUAUGCACGUGUUUUGCUGGAUGUUCCUCUCUCAGGUGUCCGACAGUGUUGAUAAUAUCGUACAGGAUCAUAUAUUUGACAGCGAUUCCUCCAUACAAUUGGGGGGGGACCAACUUCCUUAAAGAGCACGGUGGGUGAAGGUAUUGCAACAAAAUAGAACAAGACCAUCCCAUUACAAUGUUGGAGGGGUGCAAUCGGAUAAAAAUAAUAAAUACGGGCCUUACGCCCCACAUUAUGUACA